AUGCAUAUCAACGACCUUCCGCAAGAGCUCCUGUCCGACAUCCUCCUCAAGGCUACCAAGGCCAACAAGGCUGAAGGCGUAGGUUAUACCUAUGGCCUGACGCAGAAUCUACUCCCAUUACCUUCGGAAGCGCCAAAGUUCACGCGAUAUGUGCGUGGCCCGCUGAGCGCCGAGUGUUUACGCUGGGACGCCACCGACUCCAUCCGCCAGACCUGCAAGCAAUGGCACGAUUGGGCUCUGAGCUACAACUUUGAGCGUGUCUUUGAGCGUCGCUGGCGAGGCUCCGAACGUUGGGCGGAUCUCACUCUCCGGAGGCCGAAGUACAAUCUCUACGAGCUCAUUGACAAGCCAAAAGGCUUCCCCCUUUACCGUGAUCCGCACGGAUCACUGAAGCAAACGGACCGCUUGUUUGCCAGCCUGCCAACUACUGCUCAGCACGUGCAGCGGUUAUGGUUCAAUGGCUUCUAUGCUGCGGAGACCGACAAGCUCAUUCUGUCGGUUGUUGCUAGCUGCCGCGAACUGCAGUACUUGAGCGUGCCCUGGACCAUUCUACGGCGUGCUGGUGUGAAUGACUGGGUCAACCUCCUCAACGCGCAUACGGGUGUUGGUAAGCCACUGCAUUCUCUCGAGCUCACGGCAGUCUGCCUGCCUAAAGACCAGGCACAUGCGCUUGAGAACGACACUACCCCGAACCCUCUCGAAGAUGCUCGGGUCGACUUCCGCUCGCUCAAGCGUCUCAAGAUUUUCGGCAACACUCUGCACAAGCCUAUCAGUGAUGAAGACUUACAGCUCAUGGCCCGAACUGCCACGAACCUUGAGUGCCUGGAUAUUACCAACCUUUCAACCAUCUCUGUCGCCGGUAUGCUUGCACUGGUCAAAGCAUCUGCCAAAACAUUGCAGGUGCUUGAGCACUCGCCCCGCUCAGAUGAUGGCUUCUAUCACCCGUUUCCAGGACAUCUUGAGGAAGGGGAGCACGUCUGCGAGCUGCUUGCCAACCUACCGCAGAUGCGUGAUCUUUCAAUCAGCGUGCCAUACGUGUGCGCGGACCUUUUCCACAACCACGAUGUGAAGUGGGCAGGCGAGCUACAAGUGCGCGCAAUCGACAUUUGCGGCUGUGGGAGCGACACAAACUCUCAAGUACGUGCCGACAAAUUGCGUAGGGUCCUUGAAGCCGCUCGUGCCAUGAUGGCGCUCAAGCGCCGUAUGCAUCAAGAGCUCUCCGUAGAGCUGUUCUUCGCGGGCUGCAUCUUCCACCCAGAGAAGAAACUCGUGCACGGUGACUUUGCGCUGGCGGAAGUGGCGUCGCGCGGACGGUGGCCAUUUGACAAGCAGCCUAGCACGCUUGGUCCGUACGGGCAGUCGGGCAGGUACGGGAAGGACGAGGGCUUCUGGGACGCCGUCAGCGAGGAGGAUUACCUGCUUGCCGUCACCAAUCACUGGAUUGCUCUUUGA